AUGGCCCGGGCGCAGCUCAGCACCUGGCUGAUCCUCUGCGUGUUCGCUGGAUCCCAGAGGCUGACAGAUGAACAUUUUCACAGCAGGGAUGGUGCCAGCAUCAGCUCACCCCGUCGCAGCCCACAGGACGCCGACGUCAUGUUAGAGAUGCUCUGGGGAGGGCUGGAUCUUCAGGCCAACAGGACAAUGUGGCUGCGGGAUGAAGAGCUGGCCUCCCUGCGCCCGGCACGGUGGUUCAUGCAGAUCUUAGAGGAUGAAGUUCCCAAAACACCAACAGAAAUUGAGCAGCAUCUGAGAUAUUAUUCACUGAUUGACACCCCUUUGCCUCUAGCAGAGUUUGACCGUCUCCUCCUCACCAGUGUUUACUGUGCUUAUCAGGUUCGCUCCGUGCAGGGUCUGGAUAAAAACCUCUGGAUUCGUUUUUUCUCUCGGCUGGUUGAUGAAAUGUUUCGUGAUCUGUGCAAGGGGCUCUGUCCUGCAAAUACCACCCUCCUCCUGGCUUCCUGGCCUUGGAAGGAGAAACCUUCACAUUUAGCAUCCCUGAAACAUUUCUAUCGUUCAAACCUGGCCAGGAACAAGAGAGACACUUAA